AUGGAUGUUAAUGUGGAUUCGUCUUCUCUUCCACUCAAAGAAGUAGAUGGUUAGUAAACAUAUCAGCAAUCAACAAGUUUCAAGGUUGAAAUUAUUGAAAAGUGAAAAUGUAGGCCUCCUCCAGUUAUGCUCUCAAGAUGGGCAAAAUAUAAAUUCAAGAAGACUCCUGACAUUUCACUUUCCAAAAAGAUGAAAAACUAGCAACCCUAAGUAAAAGUACUGCUAAACCCUUUAAACCCUAACAUCAAAAUUCAAAUUCUCUUUUGUUAUCCCUAUACGUUUUCAAUAGAAGUAGUGGGGAGAAUUUGUUCAAGUAUCAAUUAGAUUCAUCUUGUGUGAUCAUAUCCUUAAUUCUCAUGACCACUGUGUUUUAUAAAGCAGUGAUAUUACAAGGAGAAAUUUGAUGCUGGUCACUCUUAGGGCCUAAAGGGUUAAGAGGUUGAACAGUCAUGGGAUUUCAUCCAAAGAAUUGCAAAAAUCUCUGCUAGAGCUAACAUUUUGAUAGAAAGGCUUGAUAAAGACCAACAUAUAAAAGAGACACAGAAAGGAACUUAAGGGAACCUUGCAAGGAUGUUUGAUUAGUGAUGCCAGUUCUGGCCAAAUUUUGAAGUACUAAAUCUGUUGCUCAUUCCAUGUUCUUACAAAGAUCAUCUUUUCUUUCUCCUCUUAGGGGAAAAAUUCCUUAAAUUCUACUGGUUUGAUGCUUAUGAGGACAGAUUCAAACAACCAGGUAGAGUUAAUCAAGGUUCCUUGACAGUUGAAUUAUUAAGAACAUCACUAGCUUCACUGUAAGUUUUGAAUUCUCUAUCCUACAGGUACUGUAUACCUUUUUGGCAAGGUUUGGAUUGAAGCUGCAAAAGCAUAUGUGAGGUAAUUACGGUUUAUCUGCAUUUUGUUUUUCUCUUUAACUAAGUUCGGAAAUCCCCCAUGGGAAACCAGAAGGACCACUUAGUGGACUUGCAACUGCUAAUUAAAAAUUUAUCUUUUUUCGUAUUAGCUGUUCAGUGGCAGUCAAGAACAUUGAGAGACAAAUAUUUAUUCUCCCAAGAGAAAAGGUGAGAGAAUGGAUGUAAAAACACUGCUGCAGUUGUUGAGUUCUUCUUGCAUGUCUUUUCAAAUAUUAUCUGCACCUGUUCCAACAGUGUUCUAAAUUAAUUGAUGUUUUUUUUUUACUUUAUAUCAUUUAGAAGCUUGAAGUUGAUGGUUCUGAAACUGAUGAGCCUGUUGGGUUUAUUGAUGUUUACCAGGUAAAAAAAAUAAUGAUUUGAUUUUAAUCAUGGUAAUUUUGAUUACUGUUUUCCAUGGGCAGAUUUAGGGGUGGACCAAGGGGGCCGCGACCACCCCUUUUCCUUUGAAAACUAAUAUUAUUUUUAUAAAAUUUCGUCUCAGAAAAAUAAAAAGUAUCUAGAAUAGAGCUGUUAAGUGUCCUGCCCACUCCUCUCUGAAUUUUCUGGAUCUGCUGCUGUAGUCCUUCUAAUAACUCCCCGACUGAUAUUUAAGCCCCCUCCUUUAAAUUUUACUAGUAAAGCAUGGUGCUCUCUUGACUAAUACCCCUCCCUCCCACCCCCACCCUUGGCAGCCAACUUUCACAUAUUAAAAUGGGUAUUGGGGUUCACCAAUCUCCUCAUACCAAAUUCUGUCUACUGAUCUCAAUAUAUUCCAUCAAAGAAUUACUUGAGAGAGAGAGAGAGAGUAAAAGAUCACUUUCUUGUUAUUUCUUUUUCAGGAGUUUAAUGAUAAGAUUGCAACAAAGCACAAGAUAAUGAAGUUCAUAUCUAGGGUAAUUCAGAUUGUUUAAAUAAUUUUGAUGUCACUUUUAUGCAGUUCUGUUGAUGAGUGUGUGUAUAAACUUAUGUCCCUAGAAAGUCCAAAAGGCUUAUGCAUUUGAGAUUCAAGAUGUUCCUGUGACAUCAGAGUACCUGGAGGUCAAAUAUUCGGUGAGAGAUGAUAAAUUUUAGGUUAUAACAGAACAAACAUACCGGUAAACCAGUUUUUAGACUUGUGAAAAUAAUUUUUUUUAAGACACACAAGCUUUCCAUUCCAUCUUGGAAUCUUUAUCAAGUGAUGGAGUUUUAAUCUUUCUUUUUUUUUUCAAGUGAUUUAUACUGUGAAUCAGGUGAUGAACCGUUCUGUAGAUCAUGGAAUCUCGUAUUUGGCAUAUUCAAUGUUGGAACCGGACAAUUGAUUUCAUUGUUGUCCAUGACACUUAAUUAUUUAAACAUGUCAUCUUCCCUUGCAAAUACUGAGGUGGAGGCGAUAUCCAGGGCGUGGCCUGAAUAUACUUCAGGUGGUUCCCCCACUGUCUUGGUUGUUGCUUUAGUGUUGGAAAUGUGUUCCCUGAAUCUAACUCCAAAAGGUCAUGUGAUUUUGUAGGUGAUAAUCUGGUUGCUGGAAGUGUUUUUGACAAAGGUCACAUGUUGAAAAAUAUUGGCUCUUUGAAUUUGAUAAGGACAGUAAGGGUAGACUUGAGAAGGGAAGGUACCAGGAUGGGCUUUACGCUGUAAAGGCUUAAAAAAAGGUUUAAAGGUUGGUUUAUAGUGGAAAGUGCACUUAGCUUAUCCAGCUAGUUUACAGGCACUCCACUCAAAUAAUUCUGAAACAAAUAAUGCAAAUAGAAUAUAACAGGAAUAAAAAAAAAACUUGGAGGAGGCAACCAGUUGGCUAUUUACAAGCGUGGCUUAGGAUUUGAACUUGGGACGACCAAGAACAAAUCCAGCAAGUGGCCAAAGUGGGACUCGAACCUCGGGACUGACAGAUUGGGAGUCUGAUGCGAGUACCACUUGGCCACGCUGCUUCCCCAGUAAGGGUACUAGGGGAGUGGGGGGCGGGGUGAAAGUGAAAGGGAAGGAGGGUCAAUUACAGUGUUGAUGAAAAAAGUAGUUAAUUUGUGACAACAUUAUUCAUGACAGGCAGAUUAUCCUCAGUUACCAUCUGAUCUCACUGGUCAAACAUUCAGUCAUGUGUUUGGUACCAAUACAUCAAGGUAAUGAUUCGAAAUUAACCCUUUAAGCCCCAGUAUCCACAUACAAAUUCUCCAAACUGAUCUCCAUACAUUUCCUUGAAGAAUGAGUUGAGAGAAUUUGAUAAAAGAUCAAGGCAUUUUUUCUUGGGUGAUCACUUUAUUAAUUCUCAUAACUUAUCUGUUGACAGUGUGUGGCUAUUGUUAGGAGAAAAUUGAUCUUGGUCACUAUUGGCACUUAAAGGGUUAAUGUUUUUUGACUUUGACAAGUGAACUUGCUAAAGUUAUAAGUAGAUAGUGAAUGUUGGAAAGCAACAAAGAAAUAAUGAUGAAAUAUAACUGCUUAGAUUUUAAAGCUAUAGAAUUUAAACAUUAAAGAAGACAUUAUCAUGAAAUCAACUGUUUCCUAGAUUUGCAAUCUUCUAUUGCCUUUCUGAAAGUGGUAAACAUUUAUAAUUUCAUCAGAAUGGAGUUUGGUUUGGUGAUCUGGAGUUAUUUCUCUUUAAAGGAAUCUUUUUGCUUUCUAAUUUCAGCCUUGAACUCCUUCUCCUGAGUCGGAAGAUGAAAGGUCCUUGUUGGCUCAAUAUUAAGAUGCCUCGUAAGUCAAAUGGUUAAUAAAACCUCAGUAUGCACCAUUUUAUUAUUGAUGUACAAACUAGCCACUAGUGUAAUAGGGAAGACUGUUGACACUUGUGAUAUCAAGUAAUGGUACUUGUUUUAAAGAUAAGGAGGGGCUACAGCUGUAGAUGUCAAAAGUUGCCAGAUAUUGAACAGCUCAGAAGUUCUUUUGGUUUUCUUUUCCUUUUGUUUGCUAUGAAAGAAGCCUGGUGUCAUGCUCAUAGUUGCCAGGGGAAAUCCCUGGUCCCUGGCCCCUGAUGACGGCCUUAAUAUGGUUGUGAACAGUUGCUUUGAAUUUGGUGGAAUUACCACAAGGCUGUGCUCUAAGGAAAAUUGAAGGGAGGCCAGUGCUCUAAAACUGUAAAAUCUAGGGUGCCCAGCGUAUGAUUUGUAUAAAAAAUCUGAGAUUUUCUAGUCGCCCAAGGGCAAACGUUAGGCGCCAGGGGCCACCGGGCUCUGCUAGAGCACAGCCCUGUACCAUAUGAUGUAAUAUAAAAAGCACCCAUAAAACACCCACACCUCAACACAAUAAUUGUCAGUACUCAACAAUGAAAAAAUUAAUAUUUUAUUAUUGUCCCUAAGUUUUCCUUAUACUAAGGUAUAUGUUGUUGUUGACUUUAUGUACAAGACUUGACACAAACUUAAACAGAUAAUUUUUUGCCUUCAUCAGAGCUCCCUCAGCAACCUGUUAGUUGGUGUAAAGUUGAGGUAGGAAUUUUUUUGUUCAGUAUGUGGACAAAACUUUUUUUUCAUUAUUUUGUUUUCAUUAAGUGUAACAUCAUUAUUACUAUUUUGCAGGCUGUAGUCACAAAACCUGAUCAUGUUGAAGUAGCAAGUGAACAAAGUCCUCCUCCGCCUAUGGUAAGAUUGUAACAGCAAAAUUAGUGAGCAAGUAAAGAAGAGGGAUGCAUGCUAACCCCUAGUGCUGCUAGUUUUCAUUAUCAUUAUCAAUAUCAUGAUUAUCAAUAUCAAUAUCAAUAUCAUUGUUAUUAUCAUCAUUGUCAAUAUCAUUAUCAAUAUCAAUAUCAUUGUUAUUAUCAUUAUCAUUAACAAUAUCAUUAUCAUUAUCAAUAUCAUUAUCAAUAUCAUUAUCAUUACCAAUAUCAUUGUCAUUAUCAAUAUCAAUAUCAUCAUUAUCAAUAUCAUUAUCAAUAUCAAUAUCAUUGUUAUCAUCAUUAUCAUUAUCAAUAUCAAUAUCAUUAUCAUUAUUAUCAUUAUCAUUAUCAUUAUCAUUAUCAUUAUCGUUAUCAUUAUUAUUACCAAUAUCAUUAUCAUUAUCAAUAUCAUCAUAAUCAGUAUUAAUAUCAUUCUCAUUAUUAUGUUUUGUGUAGGUUGUUAUGAGCCUUAGUUUUAGGACUAUGUUUAACACCAAGACUCACACCCAUGAGGUAAGCAAUGAGUAAAAUCAAGCACUAAAAAUGUGACAUUUUACUUUCUGAAAUGCAAUAAUGAGAUGCCUGUUAAAAAUACCUUCAGCAAUGCCAGAGAUGGGCUGCCUGUGAAGUUGGAUUACCUCAAUUGUUGGGUGUCCUGUGAAGAUGAAUUGACUUUGGAUCUGUGGUGGUGAUUUGCGAUUAACAAUCAACGAGUUCUUGUAUAGUGAACGUUUUUUCUAAAAAGAGGUGCUGCUUAAGAACCUGGUUCUCGCUGAAGACGGGCUUCAAUACCCACAUCUUAUUCCUGCCCCCCACUCUCCCCAUCUCAGUGGGAAAAGUAUGAUUUAGGCCUUGAUGUCCUAGCCAGGCUUACCCCUCUCUUAAAACAAGGGUCAAAGCCUCAGCGGCGGGUGGGGGGUGGGGAUUCCCAUAGGAAAGGAUGCUCGUCGGAAACUUUGCACUAAACCCAUAAAGGAGACCAAUCUGGGCGUGGCGCAACCUUUUUUGGACCCCUAAAAGAGACCAUUUUAAACUUUGAUUACAUGAAUCGAGGAAAUAAGACGAAUUAUAAAUAUUUAAUUUUUUAAUAUUUCUUUGCGUGCAACACUAACAGAGACCUUUACCGCUAAAUAUAAUGGCGUUUUGCCCAGAACACGCUAAGUGAGACCAACAUCCCAAAUUUACACCCCUAAGCGAGACGACGAGCAUCCCCGCCCCUUUCAUAUGGGAGUCCUUCCCCCCGGGGAAACCCCUCCCCCUUCUGGUGAGAAGAAUUUCCAGGUCAUUUGACUUUUUAUUCUCUGUUGUGUUUUAGAUCUUGGCUGUGUCAGCUCUGGUUCACCAUGACGUGUCCUUAGAUAAGGCUGCUCCAAAACAGAAAUUCCAAUAUCACUUUUGUGGUAAGUUAAAUGAAGUACCUCAUGGUUAGCUCAGGUGCCAUUACAAUCGCCCUCAUACCAAGUGAAAGUAGGGAAACUAAGUUGGAAAUGACGAGAAUGGACGGCGUCCGAGUUCAGAGAGCUGGGGAGCUUAAGCAACGACGACGGUGACGCCAACGAGUACGGCAAAAUGAAAAAGGUUUGGAUUGGCAAAACAACAACUCUGCACGUACAUCACGCUUUUUUGUACAUUUCUUAGCCGUCGUUGCACGACUACGACGUGAAAGUGCCUAAUUUCACGUUUUGUCGAGGACGGGAACACAGGACAACAACUUUCUUUUUCUUUUCUUGAACUUUGGCACAGUCCUUCAGAACUCAACUGCCAAAAAAUUGCCGACAUUUGUACAAACUGAACGAGAUGGAAUAAGCGCGAUCAAGUUUGAGGCAGCACGAAUUCACGUUUUCGUAGCAUUACUGUCGUUGUUGCUUGAGCUCCCUAGUGAUGGUAAAAUUAAUCGUUUUGCCGUUUCCGCUGUCAAGUUAACUUAAAAUUGUAGUUGUGCAGAAACGCGUAAUGCACGUGCAAAGUUGUUGUUUUGCUCUCUAAAUCUAUGUGUUUCGUGUUUUUAUUGCCGUCUCCGCCGUAGUUUCGUUAGGUCUAGCGUCAUGAAUGACUCUUACUGAUAAGAAAAUGAAAGCCUACUUUUUAAAUUACGAGUUCUGCCAGAGUUUUUACCGGCCAUCUUUGUUUUUCAGCUGUUAGCAAGCCGAAUGAUCAGAUGUACCCGUAUGACUUUAAAGAUCUUGUCAGAAAAAAGGUAAAGUCGACUUCUGAAUAGGCAGGAGGUAGAGAAUAUUUGGUGUUUUGCACCGAUACAACCAUAAGCACUACAGUUUCUACCGAACCCUUCAUUCAACAGACAUUUAAGUCAAAGCGCAAAAUCAGCAUUGAAAAAAUCACCACAAAUAACUUUUAGAAAAAAAAAUUGGGAAGAGGCAUACCCUCAAUCCCCCCGUGGGUCCCUCAAGGGAACGGUUUAGGUAGGGAUUUAUGCCAAGCCCUUCAAUCCCUGACCCUGUUUAAGAUAAACACCGUUCAUUUCACUACACUGUUCAGGAAAAGAUACAUUUUUUUCCUAGUGACCCUAAUUCAUUUUGCUUCGCAUACAGAUUUCAAGCUCUUUUAGAAAGUGACAUCAUUGAAUUAAUGAAUACGAUUUUUUUAAAAACAUUAUUACCGCUCAAGUAGACCACUCACCACAAAUGUCCUCACCCUGUUCAAGGCUUCCAGUCCAGAAAGACACCCCAGUGUUCAAGACGCUAAAUAUUGAAAUAAUGUACCCUCUUUAUAUAGCAAAACCAUUAACGUUGCAUUCAUGGCUGUGAUAUGCAUUGAUGCAUUUUCUUCAGUUCCUUCAGCCAAUAAAAAAAAGAAAGAUAGAUAGAUGACUACUUUUAAGGGAGACUUUGCCCCUACGGGUGACAGGGAGACUUUGCCCCUACGGGUGACCGUUUGCAACGGUUCACGAAAUUGUGUGUGUCUGCAGCCGUUAACAAUUUUUUUUUCUGUAGCAAAUUAAAAUGGAGAUCACUGCAUCGGAGAGAGCACUUCUCGGCUUAUUUAUGGCGAAGAUUCACAAAAUUGAUCCUGACGUGCUGGUGGUAUGUUUAUUUGCAACUUUUUUUUUUGUUUGACUGAUGAUUUUCUCUCUCAUUCUCCUUCUGAUUUCAUCUUCGAGAUUUUUUUUUUCAAAUUAAUUAAAAAGACACGACUCUAAAUGUCGUAGGUCUAAAGUGGUGAAUUGAAGGUGUGCUGGUUCGUUGAAAAAACAGGGUUAAAUGAAGGUUUUCCAACGUCAAUUGUGUACCGUUUAUUUUUACAGUUGCGGCCCCGGUUGUUCAAACGUUGAAAGGUGCUAUCCACUGGAUAAAUCCGCAUUAUUCAGUGGAUAUGUCUUAGGAAAACCUAUUGCGCUAUGCACUGGAUAGAGAUUUGUGCGGUUGAUUGCCCUAUCUACUACGUUAACACUAGGCUCAGUCUCCCCUCUCCCUUAGGCUCGGGUACUCCCCUCCCGAGUCGGGUGGGGAGUUCUGCGGGCACAUCGAGACACCCAAGGCUAGAGACUGGACCUAAGUUCACACAGCAGCGGUUGAAUUUUCAACCGGUUGAACUGAAAUUCGUGGGUUUAGGUGAUGCGUUCACACGGAACAAACUUAACCGUACCAAAAUUUAGACGUUUAGCCGUUCAAAGUUCCGUGAGAACAGAGCGGAAGUAUUGAAGGUUCCCGUGUGAAGGAACUGUUAGGUCAAAUUUUUCAGCCGGGUCGAAAAUUGGUCCGUUGCCAUGUGAACAUAGUCAGAGUUCUGUACUAUUCUUGUGAAUAGUGAUUUGAUCAGGGCAUAUCUUUAUGCAAGGUUUUGCGCCAAGGAUGUCAAACUAAGUGCUAAACGUUUGAACGCUCUUGAUAUUAUAGGGUCAUGACAUUUAUGGAUUCGAUCUAGAUCUUUUGUUGCACAGGAUUAAUGCUUGUAAGGUAAGUACAAUGAUUCUAAUUAUUAACAGAUUGGAUAAUGAGUUCUUGUAGCAGUUUUGAUUUAUCAAAUGGCAAAUCUCCUUUUUUUGCUCCUUCCGACGCUAAAACAAUGCUAACGUGUUUCCUUUUUUCAUAUAGAUACCUCACUGGUCUCGUCUUGGACGACUCAAAAGAACCAUAAUGCCAAAACUCUCGGUAAGAAACUAUAAAAAUGCCAAAUUGUUUGUCUCCCGCCAUCAGGGAUUCUAGACGAUGACAUUGAGCAUAUUAAUUUCUGCGUGAGACUGGUUCGGUGCUGUGUCCAAUUGCAGUAUGGGACGGUUGUGGGGAGGCUAUCGCUUUCUUGUUACAAGGUUGCGCAGGAAAUUGGGUCAGAAUUUGUCCCUCAAAACAGUCCCAGGAUGCCAUUCAACUCAAUAGGGAGCUCUAGCAAGCACGACAGCGAUGGCGGAAAAACAGCGACGGCUACGAAAACGUCACUUAAAAAGUGAAUUUGCGCUGCUUCAAACUUUAUCGCGCUUAUUCCAUCCGUUUAAUUCGUCAAAUGUUGGCAAAUUUUUUGGAGUUUAAUUGUGAAGGACUGUAUCAAAGUUCAGGAAAGAAAAAGAAAGUUGUUAUCUUGUGAUCCCGUCCUCGACAAAACGUGAAAUUAAGCGCUUUCACGUUGUAGUCGUGCAAUGGCGGCUAAAAAAUGUACUGAAAAGCGUGAUGCACGUGCAAAGUUGUUGUUUUGUCAAUCUUAACGUAUUGCUUUGUUCCUGUUCCCGUUGCCUCCGCCGUCGUUGUUGCUUAAGCUCCCUGAUGACAAACAAAUGUACAAAAAUGCGUGAUGCACGUGCAAAGUCGCUGUCGUUGUUCGCAACACAGGCGACAGCGUGGCAACAAUGUUGCGACAUUGUUUCGAAUAGUUACAACAUUGAUCCAACAUUGCAACGAUGUGUUGAGCUAAAAAUCGUCGUUGCGAAUCGUCCCGUGUGACAUCACCUUUAGGCUUUGUUCACUCUAUACCCGGAACACUUAUCCGAUAUGUGUCUCUCCACGUUAGAGUUCGGCGCCGCGCAGCUUCACUCGAAACAUUGUUCUUAUGCGUGAACAGAAUCCCUGUCCGCUAUGGUUUUCGUGCCGGCGCAAAAGCUCUCCGAUAUAGUAUGAACAUAUAUCCCCAAUAUCGAUUCAGUUUCUCUAAAGAUUUUUUACUGAAAGAUGCGGCAAUUUUUACAGCCCAAAUGUAACUUAAGAGACGUGCUAUCCUUCGCUAAACGCCUCGAAUAAUAGUGUGUUAUUUUCAAUACUUUUAAUCUUUUUUCCAGAGUGGCGGGUUUGGCAAGGGUGGUAAUCUUGAUCGCUGCAUUACCAGUGGGCGUAUGGUCUGCGAUGUCAAGAUCUCCUCCAAGGAGCUUAUCAGAUGCAAGAGUUAUGAUUUAACAGGUAUGCCUUCUGCAUUUAGCUUCGUUAAACCACACAAGGAGUCUACUACUACGUCUACCAGCGCUUUCAACAGUGAGCCUUCCGCAUUUGGCUUAGUUAAACCACAGCAUCGGCCUACUAUUACCAGCGCUUUUAUUGGUCGUGGUUACACUCACUUUGUUGUUGUAUAUAAGGAGGUAAAAGCAGUCACACUCAUGUUUGUUUCCCGCGGUACUUCGUCGCCGCGUACUGAGCAUCUUUUGCGCGGGAAAUUUCAUGGCGUCUCUUUCCAAUACAAUACAAUACAAUACCCUUUAUUUAACGUGGUCGGUGUUCUUAGCUAAUUAGCUACUUUACAGACAUGCCACUUUGACGGGUAUUUUAUCGUUGAAGCCCAAGAUAAACUACUCGGUAGCGAUCAUGGUUUGCUGCUCUUGAACUUUUUAAAGUUUCCUUGGUUUAUUUUUUCGUAUGAUGGACAACACUCGUCGCGAGGACAACAUUUGACGCGGGUAAACUGAUUACGGGAUAAAACGAUCAUUUUUAUUUUUCCCCGAGGUAAGCUUGUUGCCUUUUCCCGAGAAGGAGCUAAAACGCCUUGUCGCGCGCGUAAAAUGCUAAGUGCAUCCUUAGUUUUAACGUGACUCGCCCUUUUUUAACAUCCAAAUUUCCAAGUUUUAUACACGCUUCUCUUUUUCCCAUUUUUUCCUAGCUCUAUCGUGGGCUGUCCUUCAGUCCAGAAGAGAAGAAAUUGACCAAGAUGAAAUUCCAAACAAGUUUAAGUAAGUAAUCAAGGAAAAUCUUUAGUCGUAGCCAAAUGUUCUUGCAUCGUACGUCACAUUAUUGCUCACGAAUGUUAGAAAGUGUUCCCUUAUGUUGACUGAUGUCUAAGAGAUCAACACUUUUUUUGGUGGAUAAAUGGUUCGUUUUGGGUAGUAAUUGUUUAAGAAGUCCUUUAAGUUAAUAAUUUAAAUUUUCUUUAUUUUUUUCUCCAGUUCUUCUCACGAACUCCUUCACAUGUUUGAACUGACUUCGGUAAGUGCUGAUCAAUAUGUGUCAUUGAUCAUCUUUGGUCUUGUGAUUGUGUGUGUUAUCUCAUGCAUUUCCUGUUUUUUUUUUUUUUUUUCAGAUGAACGCUUUGCUGUCACUAAGGAUCAUGUACGAUUUGAACGUAACUCUUGGUUUUUUUUCCUUAAAAUGUGAUUUCCACUCUCGUUAGACCUCCUGUCACAUAAUCAAUUUUUCUAACUGAACUUCCGUCAUUUUAAUUCUGCGCUUUGUCCCCCAACUGAAAUAAAAGCCCCGUCCACACGUGUCCGUUUUUGUUUGUAAACAGAUAUAUUUUCCCUCCAGUUUGGCCUACCGUCGCAACGUAUCCGGUGAUAACGGCCCCGAAAACGCAUGUUUUUUUCGAAAACGCUCUCCGAGGUGGAGAUUUUUGCAAACGUUGGCUUCUCGUUUACGUGUGGACGGACGAAAACGGAGGUUUUCGACUACGAUAAUGUCAUACAUCACAUUUGCCUGUUCCAGGCAAGUUAAGAGUGGUUAAGGUGGUUAAACCCAGGCUAAACCAUAAGUAAGUCGUUACUCUGACCAGUUAAAUCACAGGCUGAUUGAAUCUAAUGAAACCCGAUCCUAUCAAAUCUUAAAGCAAAUAUGUUUACAACUUUUUCUAAAUCAUUUAUAUUUCUAGGUUUUACCACUGGCUCUACAGAUAACGACUAUUGCUGGAAAUGUUAUGGUGAGUCUUUAAAUUCUCUUCAAGUUUUAUGCAUAAUUACCGUUUGAAAAUAUUGAAACUUGAAAUUACAAUCAAUGACCAAUAAUCUUGCUUUAUUUUCAGGCCCGCACUCUUCUUGGCGGUCGAUCAGAAAGAAACGAAUUUCUUUUACUUCAUGCCUUCAACGAAAAGUAAGACUUUUUACUGCUCAGUUUCGAAGUAGGUUCUUUUUCAAAUGUCCUAAACCCAGAACAACAGUGAUCACGCUAACCCGUCACCACAAAGGCAAACAAUCAACUGUCAAUUUGGGAGCAGUAUAUGAUUCUGGGAAACUACCCCACCUACCCCUCCCCUAAUGCAAUUUUAACUCAUACUUCUUGCGAGGGCAAAAUGUUGGGUUGGGGGAGGGGUGGGUUGGUAGUUUUCAACAAUCUCGAACCAAAUGCGGGUGAUCGGCGCGAAGCGCGGGAAAUCUUCAUCCUCGUUCCCACGAUUAAGGAGAAGACCCUGUGAACGAGGGUUGGGGAAAUUUUGUGCGGUUGAGUUGCGGUUGGGGUUGGUUUUAUUAUGAUCUGUUGAGAAACUGGGAUGAUUUUUUUUCAGUCGAUUACCUAGUGCAGCCAUGAAAAACACAGUUGCAAAGUUACAUUAAGCAUCAUUGAGAAGUAAAAAAAACUUUUAAGUCAGAUUUAUAUUUUUAUUUUAUUCCACAGGAAUUUCAUCUGCCCUGACAAAAGUUACGGCAAAAAACAAGUGGUGAGAAUUAAGACAACAUUCAGUACCGUGUUAAUUUUACAAACUGUCGAAGCGUCCCUGCGUUUUCCCAGAAAAAUUCUGGCUUAUUUCUAUUAAGCACCUUGAACUCUAGUCUGCGAACAAGCACUCCAUUUGGCGGCUUUCGUGAAAAGUCACGCGCGAGCGGCACGCGAGACGGAUACCGCUCACUCGCGCGUUCUCUCGCGGCUUGCUUUGACCAUCUUUUUAAAAAGAGAGUUUUCUUGGGGGGUCGAAUCAUAAUACGUUUUCCUUUCAUUUAUAGGUUGAGGCAGAGCACGAUGAAGAGGAACACACACGAAGCGCAAAGAAAGGAAGAAGAAAACCAGCUUAUGCCGGUGGUCUUGUGUUAGAUCCCAAGAAAGGUAUUUAGCUUAGUCUGUUCCAGGUUCCAAGUUACUUAGUGGGGAAAACGAAAAGAAGCACCAUUGCACGAUUUGAAAAAGAGUGGGUUUUUUGGUCUAUCUGACUUGUGCCGUUAUUAGUCCGGGGCGGGGGGGGAGUUCAGAUGGACUGAAGAGGAAUAAAGUGCAGCUUUCUAACAGACGUCUUAUCUCUACAAUGAGGCUACCGGGUGCAAGGGACAAAGUUGUCAUCGUGAAUUUAUUUACUUAUUUUUAAUUUGCAUUUAAAAAUGAUAGUUUAAUUCCCUCUUAUUGGAAUGGGUAUGUUAAAAUUCAUUGCUGCAACUGUGGACCACUGAGUUAUUUUUUUUCACAAUAGUUUUUAGUAACAAAUCGCGUGGGACGUUUUUAAAAAUCAUAGUUCACACUUCAAAGGAUGUCGAUCACCAUUCAGGUGUGCAGCAAAUUCUAACUAGGUCGUGAUGUUACUCGCGUGAAUCACGUUUCUCAUAUAAUGUACGUUUUUCUAGGUUUCUACGACAAACACAUUUUGCUGCUGGAUUUCAACAGUUUGUACCCGUCCAUCAUUCAGGAAUACAACAUCUGUUUCACUACUAUCAGUAGAACAACCUCUGGCUCUACCAGUGGAGUGAGUUAAUUGAUUUCAUUAGUUUCUGUUCUUUUAGUACUGUUUAUAAAACGAGCUGGAGUGUAUUAUCAGGUUUAAGCCAAGAGUUCUUACACCUGAUAGUACACGAAGAUGUAGCGGCAGUGUGCGGUAUGAAUGAAAUGCUAAUUUAUAAAAAGUGUGACCGUUUUAGUGAAAUCCUCUGAGUAGUGCUUUCCUGUGGUUUUGUUUAUUGUGUUGUACGAGACGUUUAUAACUUUUGAACCUAUGGUUGAAAUCCUGAAAAGAAGGAAAUUUUAUUCCAGCAGGCUGACGAGAAUGAAGUUGUUGAGUUACCUGAUCCAGAUUUAGAGCCUGGAAUCCUUCCAACAGAGAUCAGAAAACUGGUAGAACGAAGAAGACAGGUUGGUAUCUGCGUUUCUAACUUGAAGGUGUUCUGUCAUCAGGAUAUUGCAUGUGUUUUAGGUCAGUCAUGUGAUAAAGUCAUUGCUUAGUGCCUUAACCCAUACAUAAAAUGCUCCUGUAGUGUAAUGAAGAAGAUAUAGCGAUUUUCGUAUGACCUCGAAAAAUGGUUUCGGUAAGUGUUCGUUAUUUGUUUUAUCAGCCAAUGGAUGAAGAGAUCAAAACAUGGCCUCUUUGUUUUCCCGCCAAAGAAAACCUUAAUAUGGAGAAGGCACUGUUCGAUUGGCUAAUCGUGUUGCAGUAUGACGUCAAAGCGAAGAAUCGAUUGAUUUCUAGAAAGCCCUUCGAGCAUGAAGGUUUUUCACGCGAGCGUUCGCUUAUCCAACCAAAAGCCACCCGCGUUUGUAUCUGUUCGAUAAACCAAUCAAAUCGCCCUAUUUCCUUACGUUUGUUGUGCUUGUUUUGUUCGCGCGUUUUCACUUCGAGGACAUACGAAAAUCGCUCUAUUAAAAAAAAUUCUAUUACUGAGGCAGCAUUUGCCAUAAUUUUUUGGUGGUUUUUGCAUGCAUAGCAUUAAAACUUGAAAAGUUUCAAUCCUUAUACAGCCAAACCACUUUAUGGACGCUAAGGGGACAAUAAAAAGUGUCCAUAUUAAGCGAGUUGAAUUUAGAGAAAAUGUAAGGGCUAGGUACAAGAAAAACUGUCCGCAAUAACGGGGUGUCCGUAUUAAGCGGGGUUCCACUGUAUAUUCUUGCCGUCAGUAGCAACAGAUGACAGGAAGCACACAGUUUCGUUGCCUGAAUAACAAAACUGGACCAUUUGAAUUCAGUUGAUGUACGUUUUAGCUGUUUAAAAGGAAAGUAAAUUGAAUAGCUUCAAAUAGCCUCUUCAAUCACUUGAAAAAGUGAUUGAAUCGUGACAUGCUGAUUAAUUCAUUUCACAACUUUAUUUUAAUUACAUACAAACAAGGCCUACCUUGUGAGCUCGCACGGUGAUAGCGUAAGAAAGGCUGACUAAACGAGAUUAAGAGUUCCGUCUGUGGAUGUAACUGCGGUCGUCGGUCAACAUCCGCAGGUAACAGUGCACUGUUACCCUCUGACUUCAUAGAUUUUGCAACGUUGCCCGCUUAGAGAUUUUGGCGGGAAACAGUUUUAUUGUUAGAUGUCAUGUGACCUCGAAGUAACCAAUGAGAACGCACGCUGUUUGGAAGAAAUUUAAUAAUAUUUCUUUUCAACUGAAGUCUUUGUUUUUUUUGCAGGUGAAAGGUAUGAUGAAGAACCUCAAUCGAGAAUCAGAUCGAUAUAUUCAAGUAAGUUGAUGUUAGCCAACAUCAGCUAGAAAUGUAUGUCAUGGAAACUGAAAAAAAUGCCGGAGCAACUGUAGCGCAAGACAGUCAAUCUUUUUCGAGUGGGUAAUUUAUUUCUACUCGUUCAACAAGCGGCGACAUCGUUUGUCAUUUGUUGAGCAACUAAUUGUUAAACGAUAUUGAGCAGUGAGUCAUAGGCUUUAGUAGUCUUCCCUCAUUGUACAGUUUAGUACGCAGGGUUAACCCCCCACCCCUCACCUGCAAGUAGAUUUCUCUGGGAACCUGUUUAUAACCAAGACCUUUGUUUUUGUUUCAGUACGAUAUCAGACAGAAAGCUUUGAAAUUAACUGCCAACAGGUAAAUGAGAUGUACAUAUAACGGAAAGGUCUCAUUCAAAUAUAAAUUAAAACAUAAUGUAAGUCAGUGUACUUUUCAACUAUUUUUGUCAAAAAGUAUCUUUUUGGGACCUUUUUAUUCAACCCUUUUUCACGUUGGUCUGGUUACAGACUAAAUGUACUUAAUAUGAGGUAAAGUAAGCCUCUAAAGAUGGCAAAUAGCCAGAAAAUUAAAUGUUCCUGAAAGUUACACGGGACGAUUCGCAACGUGGACUUUUAGUGCAAAACAGCGUUGCGAUGUUGGAACAAUGUUGCAAGCAUUCAAAACAAUGUUGCAACGCUGUGUUGUGCUAAAAUUCGUCGUUGCGAAUCGUCUGUUGAAACAUCAUCUUUAUUCAUCCGCUUCGUUUUUUUCCAGUAUGUAUGGUUGCUUAGGAUUUUCACAUUCUCGUUUCUACGCCAAACCUCUGGCUGCUCUUGUAACAAGCAAAGGGCGAGAGGUAAGACAAGCGAAUCUUAACAACCAUUAGACUUGUUAUUUAUUUGUUUAUUUACUAAGUUUGCCGUAUAAAACGAUACUGUGAAACCUCGAUAUAAUGAAGUGCCAAGGGACCGGCAGAAUUUGUUCGUUAUAACGAACAAAUUUAUAACAGGUUUUGUUAUAUUGAGGAACUUUUCCACGUAUUUUACUAUUACGGGGGUAAAGUAAAUCGUUCGUUAUACCAAAGACUUCGUUAUAAUAAUAUAGAAGUUCAUUAUAUCAAGGUUCUACUGCACUACAUUAACAUGCAAUCGCGAAAGGAAAAAUAAUGGAGGCGAAAAAAAAAAAGCGGACAGUAGACCUUUUUCACGGUUUUCGUCGCCAUUUUGACGAGUAGGCAAACGCGUGAGAAAUUACAGUGUUUGUAUGAGAAUCUAAUUUCGAAUAAUUUCCGUAGAACGGCUGUUCUGAAAAACGCGUUUGCCUACUCGUCAAAGUGGCGUUGAAAACCGUGCCAAGGUCUAUUAAGGACAAUAACAAAGCACGAGUCUUAGGUAGACGUACGUUCGCUUGCUAGAGAACAUGGCAAGGAACCGUAAGAUCCACUGUCGUUUUUGUCGUCUGUUUAUACUAGAAAAGGGGACUGUGAUUUAAGUAAUCGGUGUUUAUUGGCCCUAACACUUAUCCCGGAGGGUUAGCCGUUUCUCUCGGGUAAGCGUUCUCAUACCCGUGUUUACCUCUGGGGGUAGGGGUAAGGGAAAUUUGCCCGGCUUAAAAGUGCUUCGAAAACGGAUUAUCUGAGGUCUAUUAUUACAGUAACUUUACCCGGUAGCCUAGUCGGCGUUUCCUUCAGGGUAUGAAACAGUAUACCCCGUCUUUACGGCUAGGGGUAAGGGUAAUUCACCCGUCGCCGUACACGGAAACGGUGUAUCCUAAGGUCUCUAUUGAGACAGUAGGUUGUGUCUACACCAAUUUCUACAUUGCGCGAACUUUAGACUUGCCCGCAAGUCGUACCACGAAACGCGCGUGGAGUGCCAGAACUAUAACCGCUAUCUGAGACCCGAAAAAAGGGAGAAUCGCUAAUUUUCGCUGAGGGAUUUCUCGAGUUUCUAUUUGAUAGGUGAGAUAGCUGAACAGCCAGUGAUCUCGGGAGUAUUGUUAAAGCCUUGGACCCUAGUAAAACCCUCACCAAUAGAUUUUCCCGCGCUCUUCACCGGCUGCGUAUUUAUUUGUGUUCUGAUUGGUCUUUCUCUUACAACCGCGCUUCUACGGUCGGCUGGCCAUGCUGUUUCUUGUUGCCAUGUUACGUGAAAAAAAAUAUUGCGGUUGAAAUGACGUCAAGUAGUUGCUAUAAGAGCUUUGUUUCUUUUUUCAUUCAUUAGUUUUGAAAUGACAUAGAAAAGUACUUGUGACCACUGACGGACUGUAAAUGCCUGCUGUGUUAUUUCCUUCUCUAUUUUGUUUUUCUAUCAAACGUUGUUUUAAAUUUACUUUUUUCAUUUUAGAAGAAAGUAUGCCAGCUGUCUAACAAUAUUUAUGAAUUGAGUGCGAUGACUUUUUUGCAAAAUUAUUUUUAAAAAAAUCAGAAAAAAAUAGUAUUUCCUUGUGUGGAAACCACCUGUAUUUGUUCGCGUAACUCUGCCUUAUACUAAUUUCAAGUUGUCGAAGCCGGCAUCACAUCUUCGCAUCUGAAAGCAUAAAAGUUUUGAUUGACCCAAGUCGUAGGACGCUUGAUUUUUCAUGGCCAUAAAAAAUUAAUUGAUGAGAGCGGAGUGCUAUAGACGUUUACAUAUUAUUAUUUUUUUUCAUUAUUUCUGUAGCUUUUUUAUUGUACUUCCCUUAAAAUUGUGACUUUAAAAGUUUUGCUCGGUUUGUUAAUCCAACUUUGUUUAAACUAUUUUAUUUUAGUCGGAUUACCUGAACAUUCACAGCUUAAGAGAUCUUACGACAAGUCAAACUAUUAAAGAAUUUUGAACGUUUGAGAAAUCAAAUUUCCUGUCUAUAAUCCCCAAAAUGAAAACAGCUUGAUCUGGAAUUGAAAACAAUUGCCCACCAUUUAACAAUCUGAUUAACUCGAUCAACAACUAAAAAUAAACAUAUUUGUUUUUUUUCUGCACUAGCCGCAGCAAUAGUAUAUGGCGAAAUUCUUAUAUAUCAUCUGAGUCGUUGAAAAUCUGGAGAAAUUCUUCAAAAUCUACCCUUCCAUCUCCCUUUGUAUCUGCCAUUUUCAUCAUUAAGUCUAUAUCUGACUCUGUAUGAUCAAUGUGAAGUCUUCGAAGAACCCGCCGUAUCCCAUUCCCUUCGAUGUAGCCUUUCUUUUCCGCGUCGAACUCUUGAAACACUCUUUUAAGACGUCGUUCCUUUCUCGAUUCACGCAGGAUUUUUUUGGAAAUCUGCUGAAAAAUAUCAUAAGAUAUAAGCGUGUUUGGUCGGUGUCCCAGGCCUGAAAAUAAACGAGAAAAAGAAAGCUUGUUAAAGCGACGAGUUGACUCGAUGGCAUAUCACUGUGAACCAUUACAGUUUAAUGCUAAAUAUCGAAAUGAUUUAUUUAAAAAUAACUAAAAAUACGUGAACCUCAGAGGGGAGGGCAUAAAAUGUCAGGGAUGGAAGGGGGAGAGAAUUGCAGUAAAUUAUGUAGCUGGGGAGGGUAGGUUUCAACACUGGCUCUAAUAUUGGAAGGUGAGAUGUAGCUUAUCCUAUUUGACCCUCCCACAUGUGUAAUUACAAAAAAUGGGUGUGAUAGAGGAUUUAAUCGGAGAUCGAGAUGAUUUAUUUAAAAGUAAUGAUCCAAGGUCGAUUAAGAAGUCUCUAUAUAGUUAAGUCCUGGAUUACUCUCUCCCGGUUGUAUGUAAGGAUCAAAAUAUCUUAGCCAGUCAGGGGAAUUGCAAGCUUUUAACUAGUGUCUAACAUCAAAAACUUGGGAAAUAUCUUUGUAGACCUAACAGUUAUCAGAACGUGAUAAAAGAUUCCGAUAAUGAGGUUUGCUGAGAAGUAACCAGUUACCUCUUUAACCUUACAUUUGCAUCUUUUUACGCCGCAGUAAAAGAUCAUACUUAUCGAAAUUCUUUUUUUCACAUCCAUGUCCCCUACCUGCGUUAUGAAAGUGCUCUCUCAGUUCAUCUUCUCUGACAUCCUCGCCAAGUUCCCUGAAAACGCUAAUGAGGUCUUUAACAGUUAUAAAUCCGUCGGAAUCUUUGUCAAAUUUGCGAAAAACCACUCUUAUGUUCGCUUGUCGUUGGUUGUUGAAUACUGACAUUUUAAGGCUAUCGCCAAAACCGUACAGCUAUUGCGAGUGCUACAUCGCCCUCAGCACAAGCUCUGCUUUAUCUGAAUUUCUUUUUGCUCGUGCAGAAGACGGCUGGUCUUAUUCGCAAAACGAGUUUCACAUUUAACGAGAUGCACAUUGUUAAGAUCGUAUUCUAUUGUCAAGCCAACAAAAGAUGACCUAAUUCGUCUGAUUUACAUGCAGGUUUUUAAAAGAAGGUUAAUUACUUGGAUCCGAAGGUGGGCUAAGUGCUGUUUUUGGCCUUUCAUCAUUACUUCGCUUUUGUUUUCAAGUUUAUGAAAAUUGAAUCGUGUCUUUUAAGAGUUAAAGCUGGUGGCAAAAUAAAAGAUAAUUAAAUGAAAAUUGGUCACGUAGCCAAUAUCGUUGGAAUUUUUUAGAAUAGUACACAGCUGUAAAACGAAAGAAAAGGGUUGUUUUCAGCGUUUAAAAUUUGAUGCUUACUAGAUAUGCUUUAGAUUUAGAUUCAUUGUUUUGGGACUUUAUACUAAUUAAAAAAAAGUUUUAAGCGUUCAAAACUUGUCUUCGCCAUUUUUCAACCAAAAGUUGCUCGGAAUUAUUCUUAACGUAAGUCAAAUCGUCAGUUGUGAUUUAUUCUUUAAAUGACGUUUACCCUAGUCUCCCGCGCAACCCUUUUUGUCUCCUCACGAAACGCAACCCCCCCCCCUUCGCCGAGAAAGGAGUAGUGGAAUGGUUUUUUUAGGAAAUCCUAAUGAACGUUUUCCACGCAGAGAGCAAUUUUAUUUGUUUCGUCGUUUCCAUUGAAAUCUGUAAGAAAAAUUGGUUCUGAUAACUUUGGAAAAAAAAACCUCCAAGCUGACGAAAUAUUUCAGGCUAGUUUGCUAGCUAGAAAGUACACAGAUUUCUACAUAUUCGACAUAUUUUAAUUUUGUUUUGUAUCUUAUACUUUUUUUCAUAAUACUUCAGUAGUAUGUAAUAACCUAAGCUCCAAGGUCACGUCGGUUUAUUCGUUGUAAUGUCCUUGCCUCCCAGCAAGCUCUCCGGUUAUGGCGAGCGAAGGGAAUCGCGAACAACGCGCCAUCGCACCCGAGUCUCCUUUCGCGUGCGGCUCUCGCGUGAUUUCUAGAGACUCCCGCAAAUGGAGAGCUCGAUCGCAGGCCAGAAAUGUCCAAUCCAUUCAAACGUUCAUCAUUUUUGUGAAGUCUUCCCAACCUACGAGCCCGUCGCCAUCGGCGUCAGCGGCCUUUAUCAUGGCCUCGAUCUCGUAAUCUUUGAAGUCUUGACGGAGCAGCUUGAAGAGUCGGUCGAGUUCAGUAACGCCUAUGAAACCACUGCCGUCCCUGUCGAACACCUUGAAAGAUUCCAGUAAAAUAUCUUCCGGAUCACAGUCUUCUAGAUUUUUUGUCAUCAAUGCGAGGAAUUCUGGGAAGUCAAUGGCGCCGUUACCGUCUGCAUCUAAAAAGGAAACAUCAAGAACAUAUUUUAAACGUAAAAUCAGAACUUAAGAGUCCCCAGAUCUCAUCGACAGACACGGAAAAUGUAACUGGUGGCGAAUUAGUCCGAGUUAAAUAUUCUGACGAAACGAUAGAGACGCGCCGUGGCUCGUUAAGGGACGAAAAUUACGCCUGCGAAGAAGCUCUCAUGGUAAGCAGAGAGGGGGGUCUUUUCCCUCCCCCACCCCUGACUUCGAUGGUUGGUCAUUUUGGUCGUUCAGUGUUGGUUCGCAUUCAUAUUCGCGCGGUUUUUUUUCUUGUAAGGCAAUGUUUACACUAUACCGAAGAGCUUUUUGCGUCGACACAAAAGGCUAUACGGUAUGCUGUUAACACUAUCCCAUAUGAGACUCUCCAGUUUACAGAGCCGCGCGGCGCAGAUUCGCUUCGUCAGACAAAUCGCGUAGAAAUCACCGUUCUUAUGUGUGAACAGAAUCCCUGUCUGAUAUGGCUUUUGUGGCGGCGGAAAAGCUUCCCGGUAUAUUGGGAACAUUACCUAAGUUUUUCUAUUUCAGUAUGUUAUGUACUUUUUUUUUUCAAAAUAUGAACGAGGUUACUCAAAGCGUUUUAUGAUAACGAGAGAGAGCUGGCGCAACCUUCAUACUUCAGUUUACCUAUUUGAUUCAUCAUGUCCAUAAGCUCUGCUUCUGUUAUAUUAUAACCAAGCGAGGUGACCAGUUUUUUCAGUUCUGUGGCGGUAAUACAUCCGUCGCCAUUGUUAUCAAAAACAUGGAAGGCCUCCUUUAUCUCACGAAUUUGAUCAGGAGUUAAUUUCACUGACUUCAAGAUCUCUUCUUCGUAUUUCGACGCUCGGUGUAGGUAACUGUUGCUUUGUUUACUUGACGCCCGCUUGUCUUUUCUUUGGGACUUGUUUUCGGCUUCUUCGGCGAAUAAAUCUUCGUCCUCUGACAACGAAAGCCGAUCGCUUUCCGAUUCGUCCAGUGUGUUUUCGGUGAGUUCCGAGGUCGACAGUCGGGCACUCGUCGCUGAUUGUCGGCUGGAGGACUCCCUGUUUCGCGUUUUCGUAAAACUGAGAUUUUUGUCGUCUGUUGUUUCUUUGAUAUUUCUCUCUGAAAUAUAAAAAUAAGUAAGCAAACACUGAAAUAAAAAUUAAAGUAAGUUUAUUUACAUGCGUUUGUUAUACCUUGAAAUGUAAACCAGUUUUUCACUUAGAUAACAACAUUUGACUUUGUAAACAUUGGUAUGCAGUGUUACAGUACAGUAAACCCCGCUUAUAAGAACCUUCGUUUUUCCAGCUUUUCCAAAAACGUUAUUUGCUGAAUAUCUACUGUAAGGAAUUUAGUUUCAUGAAAUAGUACUACUUCUCAAACUUAAAGGUCAUGAGAAAACAGAAAUAAUCAACAACUGAAAAAAGUCUUGAUUAUUAAAACAAAUUCUCUACAUUAAUAACUUAGGAAAAGUACGAAACAGAGUGUGGAGAAUUGUAUGCUGUUCUCCGUAGAGCCCUUUAAGGGUUGUCAAGGGUUUUAUGUUUUCACGCCUUUUUUCUUGUUCCGAGGUUCAAACAUCGAAGAACUCCCUUAAUCAUGAAGUCUUAAAACUGUUUUGGAAACCCGAGUGGCACAUCACCACAGGGAAGCACCGACUGUUCGGCCUGGAAACCUGUCUUUCGAGAGUAUAAACCUACACUUCCUAGAAAUUCAUCGCUAUACAGUCAUGAGCUGUAUCUUAACCGAGAUAUGAAUACUGUUUGUUUAUCGGAGUAGGACAUACAAGCACACUUGGUUAGUGCGCAGCCUUCUGUACGAUACUGAGGUCACGAAUUCUAUUCUCUGAUUUGACCUCAAAACCUUUUCUCGACGUCUUUCGUUCUUGUGUAGCUUGAAAAUACCGUAAAACGAGGCACGGGUUAAUUGAGCGUACCGUCGACCACAACUUUGUUAGUCAGUCCACGACUUUUUCUAGCUAUUGCCCUAAAAUACAGAAGGCUUUCCUUAAACUAAGUCCUACCGUAGCGACAGAAAUAAGCCUGCCACUUCUCUUACCUUCGGGUAAGCUGGUUUCUCCACUUUCGGGUUCUUCCGCUAUGGACGUAUAACGGCGAUGCAACAUGGCAGUGAUAAAAUAUUUUUAGAUACUUUCAAACCAUCUGCUUCUUCAAGUGCCACUCAAAGACCUCGUGUCUUCUGCAGCCUUUUCUGUUGAUUAAACGGAUAGCUUCUCAGCUCCUCGCCUCUGUUGCAUACCUGAUAUUUUUGUCCAAUGCUGUACGCGUUGUAGCAGUUAAUCAUUGCACCAGUGUCAAUGAAAUAUUUAAUCCCCUUGUUAUUUAUUUGCACGACUUGACCAAUUGGACAUUUCGCAAUUAAAGUUUAAUUGCCUUUCAAAAGAACUCGACCAAAUUCCAUUAUUGUCACGAGAAAAGUUCAGAGUGCUCGUAUGAGUUAUACCAUUGUGCUUUGUUUCAGUUUUCAAAAACCUUUAAAAUUGCCUUUAUCUCCAGCUUUCUUGAGCAAAGAUUUUACAGCAAAUCGAUAAAAUAUCAGUAAACGAUUCUUCAUGCUCCGUGAUGGGUAACUAUUUUAAAUUCAUUUAUUAUACCUUGUCUCUUUACUUGACUUAUUAAAUGCAAAUUUAGAAGUUGAAAUUUUCCGGAAAGUAAACAAUAUCAAAGAGCUUUUGUUUUGCAAUGACAUUUUCUUUCAAAAUCGAAGGCGUUAGUGAUCUUUUUGUUGCCAGAGGUUGUCGCCUGUUUUAUCCAGUUAUCUUAGGGAAGGGCCAUUGGAAAAGUUAUGGCGGGGAGGGGAAUUUUUUUCGAGCCGCAGGAAUUUUUUUUCGUUAUCAAAUUCCUUGUAUGAAUUUUUUUUGGCCAUAGCAUGAAUAUUUGUUAGGAUUAAUUGGCGUGCAUGAAUUUUUUUUAUUUAAUUUUCCUUGCGCGAAAAUUUUUUAGUAUUUCGCCGCCCCCCCAUGUUUUCUAAUGGUCCGUCCCUUAUCCAUAGUUUUUAAUAGUGUUGAUAGUGUUGUCCCUGGCGGGGAGGGAGGGGGGCGGGGAAGGGAGAAAAGAACACUCCGUAUAAUGGCCUACGGUUACGCCCCGCCUAUACGAACAUUAAGGGGUCAGUCCUUGUUAACCGGGUUGAAUUUACAGAAAAUGUAAGGACUUUCGUUCCCCAGGGACAAGAAAAGCUGUCCGUAAUAUCUCGGUGUCCGUAAAGCGUAGGGAUUUCAGUAGAUGAAGUAUAUAAAUAAGGAUAAGAAAACCUGUCAUUUAGCUCAGUAAAAAGACCUAAGAGAGCUAAAGUCAUACGUUUAGAUAUUUUUUUCGUUAAAUCUUUUGAUGUUUUCCGUUCCUUUUACGAUCCGUCCUUGUUGUGAUGGCAACAGCACCUAUAAGAAGAUACUUCUGCUAGUUGUGUAACCCUGCUGGACCACUGAUCGUGUUAUCAUCGCAAAAGUUUUCUUUUUUUUCUUUUUUCUUUCUCCGACUUCUUCAUUGCGAACUGCGCAGGGAACUGGAUCAAAGUUCGUCCUCUAAAACAGUCCCAGAGUGCCCACCUAAGCGGAUUACCUCGCCUACUUGGGGUCCCCCACCUCCAUGUAAACAGCCACUUAGUUAUGUAAUGUUAAAACACCUACAUUUGACCACCUUUACAUGCGUUCACAUAGACUAAGUCCACUGAAUACUGGCUAAUUUUGAACUUUAAUACCUUUUUCUUUAUUAAUGCUCUUGUUCUAGCUGUUUUAUAUAUUUGCUAUUUUUUAAUCAUUUGUUGAUACAUUUUGUUACGAGUAUUUCUGAUGUAACUAACAUUACCCGCUUUAUACGGGUAGUGUCUAUGGUCCUGUCGAUAGCCCUGUCAAUGGUCCUGGACCCUUUCAGUUACAGGGUCCCAUCGAUAGAGAGUACUGUCGUUUACAAACUAAAUGAUUGAACUUUGUUGCUAAUAUAUUUUAUUUUACACAUUUCUUUAUCAUUGCAGAUUUUGAUGAAAACCAAGGAACUUGUUCAAAACGUAAGAGACUUUCUCAAGUAGCAGUUCAUCAUCAAACAACCUUAACUGUUGCUGGAUGUUAUGUCCACACGAAGUUAAUGCCAAAGACUACGUUUUCAGCAGAUGAAUGCAACCUUUUUUGAGUGGACAUAAUUAGACCGCAACGACAGCGAAAACGUCACCCGAAAAGUGAAUUCGCGCUGCUUCAAACUUCGUCGCUGUUAUUCCGACUCUUUUAAUUUGUCAAAUCUCACGUGUGUGUUUGCGAUUUUUUUAGGAGUUGAAUUCCUAUAAACUGUACCUAAGUUCAAAAAAAGAAAAAAAAAUCGUUGCUUGUGUCCACGUCCUCCUUAAAACGUGAAAUUAAGAAGUUUCACGUCGUAGUCGUGCAGUGACGGCAAAGAAAUGUAUAAAAAGCGUGAUGCACGUGCAAAGUUUUUGUUUUGCCAAUCUAAAGCUACUGCUUUUUGCCGUUCUCUUUGACGUCGCCGUCGUUGUUGCUUAAGUUCCCUCUUGUUGCAGUGAACAGCAGUAAACAGUCUGCCUUCUAAUCAUGCGCCUUCCUUGGACAAUUUUCUUUAAAGAUGCGCAAUGCGUGCUUGACCGAUUCCUACCACAAUAUUGGUGACUUAGCCAAACAUAUGCACUUUGAGAAAGAAAAUUAUUUGCAGCUUUGUUAGAGCAAUGAAGAGUUAGAGUUCCUCUGUAAUGCCUAUAACUAGUUCUUCUAUAGUGUCUGGACUUUUGAUCAAUGUAACUUAUCUUAACUUUUGGAUUAUUAUACGUUUCUGGGAAACUACCUGCCUACCCCUCCCCUAAGACAAUAUUAUCACUUACUUCUCACUGAGGGCAAAAUGUUGGCUUAGGGGAGGGGUAGGUGGGCAGUUUCCCAGAAAUGUAUAAUGAUCCUUUCUGUUGUCCUGUUAUCAAGUUAACUGAUUGUUUAUAUUGUUUUUAGAUGGGUCUUGAUGUGAUUUACGGUGACACAGACUCCAUCAUGAUCAACACGAAUUCUAAUGAUCUCGGUGAAGUCCGCAAGAUAGGCAACAAGGUGCGUGUACUUUCAGGUCUUAAAGGGGUUAAAAGAUGGGAACGAUACUGUCCUGGGCCCCACGAAAGACAGCUAUGGCGUUCAUCACUGGUUUAAGAAAUUACCGUAAUCAGAGAAUCAUCAGAGCCUCUUUGCUUGCGUGAGGAGGAGAAAAGGAAAACUAACAAAACGGUCAGAUACUAAAAAAAAAGGUCGAAUAAUACGUUUCUGGAAAACUGCCCACAGUUAUCCUACCCUGAAUUGCAUGUAUUGGCAUUCCAAAUGAUCUGUUUAUGUCUGCAGUAGAAGGAAAAAGUAAGCCCUAAAUUGAGCAAGCUUCCGAUUUACUAUUAUCUUUUUCGGGAGCAAGGAAGGAGCACCAGUGCGUUUCCCACUAAUGUAGCGCGGGUUCAAAUCCCGGCGUCGAGUUUUUUUCUGGGUGCUCCUGUUUUCCCCUCUCGUCAAAAACCAACAUUUCCAAAUUCCAAUUCGACGAGGAAUCAGGUAGACGAAGAAGUGAACUACUAAGUGGAUGUGCUACCUUUAAAGUAUUAUUUGUUUAUAAAACUUUAUUGUAACAGUGGCCUUGUUUUUUGUAUUUUAGGUGAAAAAUGAGGUGAACAAGCUUUACCGAUUACUUGAGAUCGACAUUGAUGGCGUUUUCAAGUCCAUGCUUCUACUGAAAAAGAAGAAGUAAGUGUUAUACAACGGAGAAGACAGCAUCAUCAAUUGAUCACGUUCCUCUUCAUUUUUUUAUCUUUUUUGCACGUGCUUGUAGCAAUCAUCUUUAUAUACUCUUUUUUAAGGUAUGCUGCCAUCAGUAUUUCGGAAAAUGAGGAUGGUAAGUUAAUAACCAAGUGUUUUUGUAGCUUUUUUUUUUUCACUUCUCGUCAAUACGAAUAUAUUUCAUCUUUUCAGGCCUCCUUAAUGAAGUGAAAGAAAUGAAGGGUCUGGAUAUUGUGAGAAGGGACUGGUGCGACCUCGCAAAGGAUGCUGGGAAGUAAGCUCUUGUUCCAUCAAUUAAAUAGGCUGUUUCCAGUUCCAAAAACUCUGUAUUUCGAAGUGAGGCUCAGUGUAAAACCUUUUAUGUGAAAAUGAGUUAAAUUUACAUGAGAAUUAAAAAUCGUGUUCAUGUUAAUGGUUUCGCACUUAGCCUCGCUAUGAAACACUAUGAACGAGACCAACUCGAAAAGAGAACGGCCGUGGGCUUAAUAAAACUCAAUGGGAGAAAGAGCCAAACAAGUGUUAGAAAAAGAACCGAAACGAAAGACAAAAAGUUGAAUUCCUUUGUGGAAAGCGUCAUUCAAAUAAGCAAGGGACAAAAUUGAAUUUUUACUCUGAAAGCCAUAUAAUUUGUUACUAAAUAUGUUGCAACAUUCUAUUGUAGCUAUGUGCUGGCUCAAAUCCUUUCUUCACAAGCCCGCGAGACUAUUGUGGAAAACAUUCAUGAUUACCUCAUGUCAGGUAUGGCGGCUGCCUUGUGGCUACCAUUCGUGUUAACGUUUAUUACUGUUUGAACAAUGACUUGGUGGAAUCUUUUUUUUCGACACUUAACCCUAUAACAUUUUGUGCAUCGUACUGAUAAACAGUUACGACUUAUCAGCAUCUUACCAGCAAGAAGAAAUUUCUCUCCUCGUCGAUCAGUUACUAUCCGAACGCUACUUCUCGUUUCCAGAUCAACAGGAUAAGUAUAAGUGGUGAUGUAGCCAUCAAUCCUGGCCCUCAAACAGCAGCAUCUAACACGACUAAGGACAAAUGCUCGAUUUGCUCGAGAACAGUCGCUUCGAACCACCGUGCCAUUGAAUGCGACAACUGCUUAAAAUGGUGCCAUGUAAAAUGCGGUUCAGUUACUCCUCGCGAAUACCAACAAAUGAUCAAUUUGGAGAAUCUCUUCUGGCUUUGCCCGAAGUGUAUGUUACUGCAGCAGUCUUCUGACUAAAUGAAGAGUACCUGGAAGAUGGCGACUUCGCUAGUGUCUCGGAGCAAGGAGAUGAUCCUUUCUUUGUCUUGAAUCAACAACUUGGUGACAGGAACUUGAAAAUUGCUCAUCUUAACAUCAAUGGUUUACUAAAUAAGCUACCAGAAGUCCAAAAUAUUUUGGAUCAAGCUAGUUUUGAUAUCUUGGGCAUCUCGGAAACCCAUUUAAGAGAAGAUAUUCCAGAUGAAUGGAUUACUAUUAAUGGAUACAGUUUUGUGAGAAGAGAUCGUGAUUCAGGUCCUGGAGGAGGUGUCCUAAUAUAUUUCAGAGCGAACCUUACUGCUUAUUUAGUAACCCGUUGGAACUGCACCCAUCUAGAAGCGACAUGGCUGAAUGUAACAAUAAGAUCACAAUCUUUCCUGAUAGGAUGCAUUUAUAGACCACCUCAAGAUUCCUUAUUUUUCAACCAUUUCAGGAACGUGCUAGAAAACAUCUGGCUAAGAAGGAAAAAUAUUAUUCUUUUGGGUGACUUCAAUUCUGACAUGUUAAAAGGAUCAAGUAAUACUGAAUCUCAAUAUGGAAAAAGGCUGGAAAGGAUAAUCUCCUCUUUUGGCCUUAAAAACAUUAUAUCCUGCCCGUCAAGAAUCACACUUACUUCAAAGUCCCUCAUUGACCUCAUCAUCACCAGCCAACCAGCCAAAGUGAAAACCUCUGGUGCAAUUGAUCUUGGUAUUUCUGAUCAUCACUUAGUAUUUGCUGUCUUUAUGACUACUAAAGCUAAUCCUAAACCCAAGUAUAUAACGACCAAAGCUUACAAAUCACUUGACAUCAAACAAUUUAGAAAUGAUAUAGAACAUGCGCCGUGGCAUUUGGCUGGUAUUUUUGACGACGUCGACGAUAGCUUGUACCUGUGGGACUAUCUAUAUAAGGAUAUAGUCAACCAUCACCUCCCAACUAGGAAUGUUAAAAUAAGAUCCAAAUCUUUACCCUGGAUUUCUACUUACAUAAGGAAGCAAAUAAAUCUUCGUUAUAAGUUACUUAAGGAAGCCAAGUCAUCUCAAGAUCAAGUCAAAUGGGAAUUAUAUAAAUCCAAGAGAAAUGAAGUAAAAAAAUUGUUAAAACAAUCGGAAGCUGCUUAUUGGAAACAGGAAUUUAUGAAUUCUCAAGAUCCUAAGCAAUUUUGGAAACUAACCAACAAGGUUCUAAGGAAAAGUAAGGAUAGUACUAUUGGUCCCAUAAUAACUGACAGUAAAGAUGUAUUAACCAGUGAUCUAGAAAAAGCUUCUUACUUUAAUGAGUUCUUUGUUAAUAUCAGUGAAGAACUUACAAAGAAUUUAGAACCUCUUGAUCCAAACACCUUAACUUCUUAUGUAACCAGAGUCACUCCUACAAGAUGCGACAUAGAGUUAAAUUGGGAGCUAGUGAAGAAGAAAAUUGAAAAAUCAUCAAACCCGAAUAAAGCUACUGGACCGGACCUGGUCUCACCCAAGGACCUUAAACUCCUUGGGGAAUCUUCUAUCCAUAGCCUGCUGCCAGUUUUCAAGAAAAGUAUAGAUGAUGCAGUUUUUCCAACAAACUGGAAACUCUCACGUGUUAAGCCAGUAUUUAAAAGGGGAGCACCCACUGAUAUGAGCAACUUCAGGCCCAUAUCUCUCUUAAGUAUCCCAGGAAAGAUUCUUGAAGACAUAAUAAGCAACAGCAUAGACAAUCACAUUGAAACUCAGAACCUGCUUAGUGACAAUCAAUGGGGCUUUCGCAAGAAUCAUUCUACAGAGGGUCUCCUCCUUCAUCUUACUGACACUUGGAAGUGGGCCCUAGAUAAUAAUCUUAAAGUUGGUGUUCUGUUUAUUGACUUCAGGAAGGCCUUUGACUCGGUGAACCAUACCAUCCUAUUACAAAAGUUGAAAGCUGUUGGUAUAUCAGGAAAUUUACUAUCUUGGAUGGGAAGCUACCUGUUAAAUCGUAACCAAUUUGUUCAAGUUAAUGAAGUGAAAUCAGACACUAGCUUUAUCAAGUUUGGAGUACCACAAGGGUCAAUCUUAGGACCCAAACUGUUCUCCCUUUAUGUCAAUGAUUUUCCUGAAUCUGUAACCUCGGGAGAACUUUAUAUGUUUGCUGAUGAUACUACCAUAUUUACCAUAAGUGAUAAUAUUGAUACUAUAAUUAAGGCCAUGCAAGUUAUACUAGAUCAAGUUCUUAGUUGGUGUGGUGCUAACAGAUUGAUUGCUCAUGAAACUAAGUCAGAAGUCUUAUUAUUAUCUAAACAAAGAUUCAUUGGUCCAUUGUUGCCUUUAAAGUAUGGUGAAAAAUUUAUUGAAUUAAAAUCAUCAUGUAAAUGUCUAGGAGUAACUAUAGACAGUAAUCUUUCUUGGCAAGAACACACCAAAAGUCUGUUAAAAUCUUUUAAUAAGAAAAUAGCAGUGCUCAGAAGAAUUAAAUUCUUGCCAUCAUCCAUUCUACAGACCAUUUAUUUUAGGACUGUACUUCCAAGUGUCUUAUAUGGAAUACUAGUAUGGGGUUCCUGCUCACCUGCACUAAUGGAUGAUCUUGAGCGUGCUCAUAUACGAGCUUCUAAACUUAUUUUUAAACUUUCAAGGAAUUCGAAUGCUGAUCAAUUAAAUAAAUUGAAAGGCUGGAACAAUUUAUCAUUUUACCACACUAAGAGACUGUUAGUAGAAGCGUAUAAAUCCUACUAUAGAUGCAAUACCAAUGUUUUAAAUGAUCUAGUAAUGUUAAAACAAUCAUCUCACUGCCUGAGGAAAUCAAUGAAUAUUGAAUUUCCAAGUCCCAAAACAGAAAUUGGCAGGCUGACUUUUAAGCAUAGAGCUGCCAUUGCUUGGAACUCACUUCCUGAUUCGAUCAAAAAGUCUUCUAGCUUAGAAUGUUUUUAAAAAGACUUAGAUCUAGCAAGGACUUAAUUAAUUCUAUAAGCUAUAAUAAGGAAUCUUCCAUGAUAAGAAAUAGGGAUGAGGAAUUUCUUUAUUAAUCUUAUUUAUAUUUGUAUUGUUAUUAUUAUUUAUUAUUUAACUUCUGUUGAUUUUCUAUUUAUUCACAUGUACAUACUUUAGUUUUUUUUUAACAAGUAGAUAGGCAGGUCCACAUCAGGACUUCAGUCUUGCGUAUUCUGUAACCUGCGUUACCAAAUAAACUAUGUAUGUAUGUAUGUAACAACAAUUUGCCGUCUGUCCUCUUCGAAUAGACCUCUUAUAGACCAUAACGUUUGGCUCACCUCGCGGGAAAAGGUACGCUCCUGCGUGGCAGGCGCUUAUAGGGGAAGGGAAGACGUGAAUUCGGGCGCGCGAGGGCGCGAGGGGCGCGCCAGGAGGGUAAAUAGGGAACAUGAGCUUAAAGCGUCAUUGCAGGCGCUCACUAUUUCCCCCUCCUCGCGCGCCCGAGUUCCCUCUUCCCCUUCCCCAAUUAACGCCUCCCACGCAGGCUAGAAAAGGCGCGAAAAACGUGCAUCCGUUGGCAAGCGCGGGAAAGUUUGCGCCAGGUAACGGCCUCAUGUACAAAAUGUGGAAAAAUAUGUUCCGGGUCGUUACGUUCCAGCUGUUAUGAGUUUAAUAACUACGCUGUUCUGUUUUAUAAGUUUGAUGUUUCCCAGGCAGGGGAAGAGAAAAUAUUAUCAAAUAGAUGUCCCUGUCUUCAUUAAGCUUAAAACCUGUUUUCCUUCUUUUUUUCUGACUUUCUUUCCUGUGAUUUUUCAUGUGUUUUAUUGUUUUGAUUGUUCUUUUCAUUCGUCAGUUGGAGAAAACGUUGCGGAGGGAAAGGUCGACAUUCAAAAGUUCGUCAUUAAUAAGGUUUGAUAUCCUUUGACUAAGUCAUAAACUUGAAAAAUAAACAAAAAACCUUUGACUAUGACUUAUAAUCGUUUUGUAUAUUUUACGGCUUUGGGAAUAAUAACUAAAAAACUACAACUACAGCUCUCUUAACUAUGCCUAGAUCGAGGUGCUAGACCUGGGCCCUACAACACGUGACUGUGAUGGUAUAGUGUAGGGCGGUAGCGCUGGAUGUAUAUCGCGUCAUUCACCCACCCCCCUCCCACCCCACCCUAGACCAAUAACCGAGAAAAUGAGAAAAAAUGCAGUUGUAGCCCAAAGGUCGGUAUUUUGUAGAGUACUUUUUUUUCAGAUUUAACUCUUUAAUUUUCGCAGAAGGGCUUGUUUCCUGGACAUACUAUAUGCGUUUCUGACAUGUUACUUAUCAUUUAAUUGCAGCAAUUGACAAAAUCUCCACAUGACUACCCGGACAAGAAAUCACUGGCUCAUGUUAACGUUGCUUUGCGCAUGCUCAGCAAGGGAAGAAAAGUGAACCCUGGUGACACUAUCCCAUACGUCAUUUGCGACGUAAGUACAAAGUCUGUGCUUAUUUUGCUGGCUUUCGGGAAUUCGAACAAAAAAACGAGAAGUCCAUAUACUACUGCAAAGUUCACAUCAUUUCACUCCUCACGGGAGAUAUGAACGCAAUAAAUUGACCUCGCUCCCACAGUGUGGCUUCAUAGCUCAGUUGGUAGAGCAACGCACCGGUAACGCGGAGGUCACGGGUUCGAAUCCCGUUGAAGCCCUAAUUUUUUUUUUUCAGGCUUCUUCUUUCCAAUUGCUUAAAUUGGAAAAUUUACUGCGAUGAUCAUUCUUCACUUUCAUAGCAACGUGUAUUGCCUUUUGAUAACAAUAUUUCCGCUGGCCAUACCAGCCUUCUUAAAGUUUACAGAUGUUACUGAAUUAUAAUAGGAAUUACAAUAUUAUAUAGAUGGAGAAUGUCGCAAUAAAAAUUGUCUAAAAGGGAGAGGCGGAAAUGACGUACAACAUUAAAAAAGAAAAUAAAAACUUUUUAGGAUAUCUAGCCGAAUUUUUGAAAACCAACCUAACGAAAUUUGUCGUCAUUUGAGCGAAAAGGCGUCAUAAGGCAGGUUCCUUGGGCCCGAGAAGCUCCAAAAUCACACUAACGAAAAUGAAUUCUCCUGAGAUGACGUCACAGACAAGUUCUCCACCCCAGCUCCCUUAAUUAACGCAGAGUUCUCUGAGUUCCAUUUUUACAUCUCCCAUAAUACACCUCGUUUGCCCCCCCCCCCCAAAAAAAAAAUAAAAUAAUUUGCAUAAGCAUUGUCUUCAAUUCUCUUGGGGCGACUGUAAUACCCAGGAGAAAUUGAAAACAAACGUUAUGCAAAUUGUUGGGGUGGAGGGGCAAACAAGAUGUGCAAAUGGUGAAUAGGCUCUUCAUUCACGUGGUAGAAAACCGCCUCGCGGGACACCUCGCGGGAUAACAAGAGACUCAUUGGGACAAGAUUGUUUGUCUUUUUGCUCUCCGGCAUGGCGGUUUUGUACCACGUGAAUGGCUACCUGCAAAGGUCUCAUAGGAUAUCGCUCAACAUUAAACAAAGAAGGAAACCCUGGAAUUGUACCAGUCGCUUAGUCAAAUAAUUUUUUUCCAAACUGUUUCCUUUAGGACGGUUCCACCUUAGCUGCAAGUCAGCGAGCUUAUCAUCCGGACGAGUUCUGCAAAUCUGAAACACUCAAGAUCGGUAUCCUUUAAAUAUAUUACCGUUAUUAAGAACAAAACCAAAAAAAGACACUUUUCGCGACGACACCACUGUUUUUCGCGCGAAAUGACGUCAGAAGAAACGCGCGCAGAAAUUCUAUACUGAUGACGUGUCACUACCCAGAUCUAGCUUCUGAUUGGAUGAAGUAAAUUUCCAACCAAUCAGAAGCAGUACCCAGAUCUGCUUAGCAACGCGUCCUUGGCAUGAAAUCUCUGCGUUCGUCCCUCAGACGUCAUUGGUGGCGUCACGAAAUGUUUGCUGUUUUCUCAGGCUACGAUGGGUGCUUAAAGACGAAGGUCGGUUCUACCCUGGAUAUUCUAUUGUUAUUUAUGACAUGAUAAUAAAGUGUGGGAAUAAGCCUAAAACAGGGCGAAAGCAACUCGGGCAGGAUCACCGACUUUUUCGUUGGAUGGGAGGGUGGACGAACAGUCUCUUACCUUCCGCGAUCUCGAGAAGAGUGGUGGAUUAAAACAGUGGUAGCUUCUUUUUUGAAGUCUUAUAUGCAUAAUUCCCAGGGUAUUAAUUAACAAUUCAAAUCGAGUUACCAAUGCAAGUCGGUUGUUUUAUACUCCUUGACGCAUUUACAUCCUAGAUGUGAAAUACUAUCUCGCUAAUCAGGUUCACCCAGUUGUAGCUCGUUUGUGCGAUCCCAUCGACGGCACCGAUGCAGCUCAUAUUGCCCAGUGUUUAGGUGAGUAAAUUACCGAUUUAACUCCGCGGCUAGAAAACUGCUUGCAAUGCAUCUAAACAAAAUGUGUCUACCGAUUAAGUCUGUUUAAAGUAUUAACUCCUUUAGUGUUUUCUUGUAUAUUGCAACAACGAAAUGACCUGAUAUCACAGUUUUACUCUCCCUAAAAGUCUCGGCUAGCUCUUUCUUUAGGGUAAAAACUCAAAGGCGGUCUAUCCGUAUUUGUGGCUUCUGGCAAGGAUAAUCGGCCUCUACUCCUACACCGGAAGCAGUUUUUCUUAAGUUCUCUACUUGCUAUCUAUCAUCUUAUUGGUUCAGAGCCUACAGUUAAUUUUGGAAGUCAGCGCAACCUUCAAAUCUGUUGGUUGAGCGCACAAUGCGUGAUUUCCAAGAGCAAUGUCAAAUUGUGUUCCGCGCGACGGUUCGUUUGUCGUUAUUUUCUGUAUUUCUUACCAUUCAAACGGCUGCACUAAAUUUUGUUGUUGGUGGUUUUUCUUUUCAACGAUCAACAUCGUUAUACGACAACCCUGUAAAGACGACGAGAUUUCCGUGACCGUAGUCGAAUUAACCGGUUUUUACUGUUCAUUGAGAUUCCCGUGAAACUGAAUUUUUAAAAAGUUUAUCACCAAUUUUUCAUUCGCCGCGUAGGCCUGGAUCCUUCUGGUUAUCGUGGCAGCUCUGCCCUUCAUGAUGAUGAAAAUGACGCGUUGCUUGGUGGCCAGGCUCAGAUGACAGACGGGGAAAGGUUUAAGGUCGGUAUAACUGUGAACACUUUCCCUCCCAGAGGUGAUGAACGUUAAAAUUCAACAAAAUUUCCCAAUUUAAUUUUGUUAAAUGAUGAAAACCAGAUAGCAGCAUAUGAGAAUACUGAAGAGAUUUCAUUUGAAUAGUAACACCAUAGGAUUUUGUCUACAGAUUCAAAUCGUCAUCAGUAUCAUACAUCAUCACUUUUAUUUAUCCUGAGAUUUACAGUGUAGCUCUUUAAGCUAAUAUCUCCGAGAUAGAAGAAAAUAAAUAUUUAAUUAAAGUAAUCAUUAUCCUAAAAAAAUAAUAAAAUACAAUAAAAUAAAUGAAAGAAAGUUAGAAGUUGGAACUACAUACUAAUUUUACAGUACCGUGUGAAAGGACUGCUGAAGAGGUUUCAUUUGAAUGGUAACACCAUAGGAUUUUAUCCACUAAUUCAAUAGUUAGAACCGCCUCCGUCUCCAUUACUCAAUCUGGGAAUUAAGGUGAAAGAAAUGUUCUGGAAAUGGAGGUUAAAUAACACUGAGACGUUUCAUUCUAACGUAAAGUGGACUGUGUCUAUGACAAUCGGCAUGCUCUAAAAUCCACAGGACCGGAACACAAAAUUUUGAGGGCGGGGGAUAAACAAGGUGCAUCAUGGUCUUUGUGAAAAUGGUGAAUAGGUAAAAACACAAAUAGAAACCCUAACCCUACUCUGUACCUUACUUGUUUCUCAAGGAUUGUGAGCGAUUUAUAGUCAAGUGUAAACGCUCCAGCUGUGGUCAAGAGACGACCCUCGAACUCCUCUUUAAAGGCGCCGUAAGUACACUUUUAACAGUUAAUGUUCAUUUACAGUUUAACAUCAAAUGAUAUUAUUUUCUUCAGUCAUAGAGCUUAUAUUUUACACUAUUCAGGAGUAUAAAGUUAAGCACAUUCAAUGCAUGAGUUAUAGCUGAACAGGGAUCUGUAGAUUAAAGUCAAAUCCGCAAUUUUCCAUUUUCGAAAACCAGCAUUGUCGAUCCCAAGCCUUUAGCAGAGGUAGAUGUAGUUUAUGCUUUGGUAAGGAUUACCAGUAGGGAAAAAGUACAUAACAGUGCAAAAACAGAUUAAACAAGUUACAUUUUUAAUUGUUAUUUUAAUUGAAGCAACCAAACAAAGCACAGUACAAGGUUGCUAUAGUUGAAAAACGACAAGUUUACAGGGUUGUCACUAAGAUUUCAAGUAGCCGGGUAAACACAACAAGUAGGCGGGGAAUCAAACGGCUAGAGAUUUCUUUUGGUUCUAUUUUUCUUCUAUUUUCCAAUAAAAGUAGCCGGGGGCCACUCUCUUAGUAGCCGGGGAAAAUCCCCGGCCCCCGGCUCUUAAUGACAACCCUGAGUUUAUAACAUUUGUGGAGAUACACUCGUAGUUACAGAAUUUAUGGAAACUUAAAGCUCUUUAAAGUUUAAACUUUUUAAAAUUCGUUUGGUAAGAUAAGGACCGAAAAUUGAACGUAUAAAGUUUUAGGUCUAAAAUAAAUACUUCGCACCAUUUUCUUUUGUAGUCGAACGCACUGUCAGUCAACGAUACGUGUCCCGGAUGUAACAAUCAGUACAGCGCGGGCGCAGUUUCCAACCAGUUGAAUAUUGCCAUGCGCAGACACAUCAAGGAAUACUACGUGGUAACUGAAGCAAAUUCGUGAAGUGUUCACUUUUUGCAACUGCAAUUGUUAUACUGUGGAACCUCGAUUUAACGAAGUGCCAAGGGACUGGGAAAAUUUUUUCGUUAUAUCGAGGGUUCGUUAUGUCGAAAACCUCGAUAUCACCUCGACACAAGUUUUAUCCUUUCGCAUUCAUCUUUAGUUAUCUUUCGGUCACAUGCUGACAUUUAUUCGUUAUAUCGAGGUAUAUUUUACGUUUGCGUUUCUGGAUUGUGUUCGUUGUAACGAUGAUUUCGUUAAAUCGAGUUUCUGUUCCAUACAUUUUACUGUAAUUUUGGCCGGGUUGAAGAAAAUCGUUCUUUAUACCGAGGAUUUUGUUAUAUAGAGGUUCAUUAAAUCGAAGUUCCACUGUAAUAAAGACAACAAAGCAACUCGUACGGCUUUUUUGUGGGCUAUACACCAAGGAUCAAGGAUUAGCACUUAGUCGGUUAGUGCACGGCCCUCUGUGCAGGAGGGUCCGAGUUCGAUUCCCAAAUGUGACCCCAAAUCCUUCAUUCAACUUCUUUCCUUUCCUUGUAGCUUUAAGUAGCUUUAAAAACCGUUAAAACGGAACACUGAUGGGGAAAGAGAGGGGGUAAAUAUGAGCUACCGACGUAAGCUACGGAGGGUUUUUAUACCUCUACCUAUUUAUAUGCACUUCUUGCUUAAAUGGAUAAUAGAUCUUCAAAUGCGACCUUUGUUCGAGUGGUAAGAAUGCGACCAUCAGCAAGUGUCGUACCCGAGAGGGGUUUGAUAAUGAUGCCAAUGUUAAGGAUAUUUCCAUCAGUUAGUAAAAGUCGUUUUCAGCCGUAUGUUUUGUUUUCCCAAUUUUGACCCUUGACCUUAAAUUGUACAAGAAUUGUUUCUUAACCUUGCCUAAACAAGUUUGUGCGUUCUCUUAAGUAACAAUACGAAGAUGGCUGUGAAAAGUCUCUUUGUUUAAAAAUUCCUUGUUAUUUUGUUGUUGAUUUUUAUCCGGCUUUGAUGACUUAGGAAUCAAAACUAACCCACAUUAUAACUAAUCGCACAGGGUUGGCAGAAAUGUGAGGACCCGUCCUGUGGUUACAGCACACGUCAAGUACCCCUGAUACGUCAACGAGGCGCCCCUAUGUGCCCACAAUGCUUCAGGGCCCACUUGGAUGCAGUGGUGAGUAUAAAACUAAAACAAAGACAACUAUGACCGUGCAAAAUGUUUCUUUGACUCUGACGGUAUUAUCAGCUAAAACUAUGUUCAAACGGACGGGGUCAACAAUGUUUGGAGUUUUUAACCUCCGUGUUGGCAGUGGAUUGCACACGGAUGCAACAACUCCCAUCAAUGUUAGGACCUGCAGUACAUCGUGGGAAGGAUACAACCCAUAAGACUUUGAAGACCAUGUGUAAUCUGCGUGCGUGGCCCCAACAAUUUAACAUUUCGUGGUCCAGCUCCUUCAGUGGUUGACAAUUUGUUUUGUUUUCAGUACUCCGACACAGCGCUGUACACUCAGCUAUUGUAUUUCUCCCGCUUGUUUGACUUCGAUCACGCCGUGAAAAAUGCAAAAACAGGUCAGUAUUUUGAGUAAGUGCCGAGUGUGAGUAAAAACGUUAUUUACCCACGGUAGUUUCAUCAAAAAACUUUACGAUAAAGUAUCUGUUCUUCUCAAAAGCGGUGCUUAAGAAAUCAUAUUACAUAAAAAUAUGUUAAUAUCUAAAACUAAAGCGGCUAAGAAGAGAUCGCACACUAUAUAAACUAAGAAAGGAGAGAAUUUAUAAUGGUUGACUGAGAUAGUAUGUACGACCUGAUCUUCGCCUUGCAUUUUGCAGAAAAGUCUCUUUUUUUGACCAAGAAGGGAGGGAACCCCAAAGCUCAACAGCCGCAAAAGCAAAACUAUUCUUAAAAUAGUUUGUUCUUGCUUUGGGCAGGUAGAAGGACAACUUAACCUUCAAGGGUUGACGUAAAGCCGAGCGCCCAUUUCUUGCGUCAACGUUUACGUUUCUCCUUACGUUCGCUUUUUACGCGUGUGAACGGGGACAACUCAAACGCAAGCACAAUUGCAAGGUGGAAAGGGCUCAACUGUCAUGUUGGGUUACAGAAUGAUCACGUGCACUUUUGUAUCUCUGUGCCUGUGUUUGCGUUGGACGUGGGAACUUGUCUGCCUCAUUCCUAGGCGUCUCAAGUGUGUUUGGAAAACGGAACACGCGACUUCAAGCGAGAGUAUCGCACAAUGAACCAUGGAACGUUUAGCGUUGAAGCAAAGGGCGCUGGGAAGGGUGAACGCCUUUCCCAUGACACUAUGAUCCAGUCGCUCUCCAAUCCGCCAGAACGCACCUGGGUACGAGGCAAGGAACUUGUACUUCCGCUGGCAAAACAAAUAUUAAAUGUUUCCAAGGAAGUUGUAGAAAGUGCAACUUUUGUCCACACCAUAGAAUAAAAAAAAAUCUUUAUUAUUAUUAUUAUUAUUAUUAUUAUUAUUAUUAUUAUUAUUAUCAUUAUUAUUAUUAUUAUUAUUAUUUACUCAUUUAUUUGAUUUGACCUUUAAACAAUCUGUUUAAAUUCUUUUCGUCUGUUCUUUUUUUUAGCUGUGGGCGUAACACAGACUACGAAGUCAUUUUACAAAGCUGUGCACUCAGUGAUUACCAAAGUCCUAACUGCUAAUGGUUACUCUGAAGUGAACCUUUCGAAAUUGUUUAGUAGUUUCUUCGUGUAG